AUGGCAAUUUUUGGGGAAGCGAAAAUUGCGAAUGCUGAAGAGUACGAUAUCGGAAGCAAUGGUUCCAGCGCAGCGGAUAGGAUGCAUGCCAGUGCGCUGGGAGGCACAGCUCAUGAUGCCUCGGACAUGCACAGGAUGGGCAAGAAACAGGAACUGCGGAGAAAUUUUCGCCUGAUUUCCAUCAUCGGGUUUGUGGUGGUCCUGCAGUCAACAUGGGAAAGUGCUCUGUUAUCUGCGUAUUUUGGACUGUUCAAUGGCGGUACAGCAGGUGUCAUCUGGAUGAUGAUUAUUACAUGGAUCUUCGUCCUAGCGAUGAUCGCAUCUCUCGCUGAGAUGGCAUCGAUGGCUCCAACUGCCGGUGGCCAAUAUCAUUGGGUCAGCGAGUUCGCACCACCAUCGUUCCAGAAGUCGCUCAGUUACAUCGUGGGAUGGUCUGCGGCCGUUGGAUGGGUCAGUGGCAUCCCCGCAUGUGCGCAAAUGCUUUCAAGUCUUGUCAUUGGGAUGGUCCUCCUCGCGUAUCCAGACGCGGAAAUCGGAAAGCUAUGGCACGUCACGCUUCUGAUGAUGCUCUGGUUGAUACUCAUGGUUGGAUUCAACAUCUUCCUGGCACAACAUCUGCCUCUCGCUGAAGGUAUCGUUCUUGUCUUGCAUGUGUUCGCCUUCUUCGCCUUCCUGAUCCUUUUUUGGACCAUGGCGGAGCGUUCGCCUGCGGAGGAGGUUUUCACGACAUGGACGAAUGGAGGAGAGUGGAGCUCGAUGGGCGUGUCUGCACUAGUCGGCCUCUCAACCCCACUGUGGUGCUUCAUUGGUCCAGAUGCGGGUGCCCAUAUGUCUGAGGAGUUGAAAGAUGCCUCCGUAGUACUUCCUAAAGCGAUGAUGUGGGCUGUCUUCUUCAAUGGCAUCUUUGGAUGCAUCAUGAUGAUCACUUUUGUGAUAUGCGGCGGCGCUCUCGACUCGGUCCUAGAAUCGCCAACGGGACAACCUGUUCUCCAAGCCGUAUACAACGCCACAGGCUCCAUUACCGGCACAGAAAUCAUGGGAGCAGUGCUCGUCGUUCUUGUCUUCUUUGCAGCAGUAUCUGUCACUGCGGCUUCUUCGCGUCAGAUCUGGGCCUUCGCGCGCGAUAAAGGACUUCCGUUCUCUGCGUGGAUUGAGCGAGUACCAGCCGGCUGGGACAUUCCCGUGAAUGCACUUCUUGUUUGCCUGGGAUUUUCGUGCGUGCUCGCAUGCAUCAACUUCGGUUCCGAUGUCGCUCUAAACGCCAUCGUCUCUAUCUCUAACGCUGCCCUCAUCUUCUCCUACAUCAUAUCGAUUGGAUGUGUCCGAUUGAAGCGUCUCUGCGGUGAGCCAUUGCUGCCUCGACGCUGGAGCUUGGGCAAGUUUGGAGGCAUCGUCAAUGACCUUGCUCUUGCUUUCCUGGUAGUGUCCUUCAUUUUCUCUUUCUUCCCCAUCGUCCCGAACCCCUCUACUACUGACAUGAACUUUGCGUCGCUCAUGUUUGGCGCUAUGGCGAUAAUCGCUACAGUCAAUUAUUUCGUUAGUGCACGGAACAGCUACAUCGCGCCCGUCUCGCUCGUUAAACAGGACUAG